CCAUCUUAUCAUUAUAUAAUGCUGACGCAGGGUCUCGUGCCGAAAGAAAUUACUGAGUUAGUCGGCGGAAGUAAAUCACUUCGUCAUGUGUAGAAAAUUUAUCCUAACACUUCUACAUCUCCACCAAGUAUUUGCAUUGGAAGAUGCCGAUUACUGGCACAAUACGGCAAGAGUGGAGAUUGAAGAGGCACUUGCCCAAAAAUGGAACAAGAAAAUCGCUAAAAAUGUUAUUGUUUUUGUUGGAGAUGGAAUGAGUAUCGAUACCAUCACAGCCAGCAGAAUUUAUCAUAGGGGUGAAACGAGUUAUCUCGCGUGGGAGAAGUUACCUCACAUGGGUCUUAUCAAGACGUAUAAUACCAACAAGCAAGUGCCUGAUUCAGCAUCAACUGCAACCGCACUAUUCAGUGGAGUCAAGACAAAUUCACAGGUUGUUGGUCUCGAUGGUAAUGUCGGUGUGGGUGACUGCGAGGGGAGUUUAGAUGAAAGUUACCAUGUCAAGUCAAUAAUAGACUGGGCACAAGAGGCUGGUAAAGCUACAGGCUUUGUCACGACAACACGAGUGACUCAUGCCACCCCCGCGCCUCUCUACGCCCACUGUUCCAACAGAAAAUGGGAAUGCGAGAGGGAAAUACCGAAAUCCUCAAGUGCAUGCAAAGAUAUCGCUCGUCAAUUAAUCGAGGAUUCCCCGGGAAAAGAUAUUAAAGUAAUCAUGGGUGGGGGAAGGCAAAUGUUAAAGUCCAAUGUGACCGGUACCAAGUCAGAUCCAAUAGACACUUGGGCCUGUUACAGUUCGGACGGUAGGGACCUAUUGUCAGAUUGGCAAAAUGAUAAAGCAGAGCGAAAUCUCCGUUACAAACUUGUUCAGAACACUAACGAAUUGAGAAAUGUCGAUGCCGCGGAAGUUGAUUAUUUAAUGGGAAUUUUUGCUAAUGGCCACAUCAGCAUGGACUGGAACCGAGACACUGGGCCCACAGGCCAGCCCAGCCUAGAGGAAAUGACAAAAAUGGCUAUCAAGGUGUUGGAGAAGGAAACGAAAGGAUUUUUACUUGUGGUCGAGGGGGGACUGAUCGACUUUGCCCAUCAUCGGGGGCAUGCGGCCCAAGCACUCAGAGAGACAGUAAGGCUCUCCGAUGCUAUCAAUACUACUUUGGAGCUAGUCAAUCUUGAUGACACUUUGGUUAUCGUCACCAGUGACCAUUCGCAUUCUUUGAUGUUCAACGGAUACAGUGACAGGGGAUCAUCCAUUCUCGGAAUCUCACAAAAAUCGAAAAUGGAUCAGAUCCCCUACACCAUAUUAUCUUAUGGUACCGGUGGCCCUAACAACAUGGCUUACGAGCUGAAAGGCGGAAACGCAUCGAGAAUCGACCCGAGUAAAUUCAAUACUAGUGAUUUUACUUACAGUCAGCAGGCUACCAUUAUCACGAACGAGGCUUAUCACGGGGGCGGCGAUGUUCCGAUUUAUGCAAUAGGACCAUUUGCCCAUUUAAUCCACUCAACUCAUGAGCAAAACUACGUGGCCCAUGUGAUAGCAUAUGCCGCGAAGAUAGGGCCCUACUCCAAUGAGUCAUCCACACCCAGACUUAAUGACAUCGUGAUAGUAACGAUAAUCGCAGUAUUUACAUCAGUAUUAGCACUCUGAGAUCGUCCGGAUGAUCUCAAUUUUCUAGAUACGAUAAUAGUCUUAUCGAUAAAGUUAAGAAUCGAUCAUUUAUCUUGUCCGCCUGAACGUGCUCUGAGGCGUGGGGGUAAAAUAAUUGUCAAUUGCCAUUCCAAAAUUUUCAUCGGGAAUUCAGUAUUCUUCAAUGUAACUGUUACCUAGAAUUAAUAAAUAAAAAGGCAUUUAGGAACUA